UAACCUCCGUUCAACCACUCCCACCGUCCCGAUCCCAUCCAGCGCGCGUCAGCGUUUGCGACUACUAACGUUCCUGGCGCCAUGGGUCUCACCAUCUCGAAGCUCUUCACGAGCUUGCUUGGCAAGAAGGAGGUCCGUAUUCUUAUGGUCGGGCUCGAUGCCGCCGGUAAGACAACCAUUCUGUAUAAGCUGAAGCUUGGAGAAAUCGUCACUACUAUCCCCACGAUUGGCUUCAACGUCGAGACUGUUGACUACAAGAACAUUCAAUUCACUGUUUGGGAUGUCGGCGGUCAGGACAAAAUUCGCCCGCUCUGGAGGCAUUAUUUCCAGAACACUCAGGGUCUCAUUUACGUUGUCGACAGUAAUGAUCGCGAUCGUAUCGCAGAGGCCCGUGAUGAGUUGAAGAAGAUGUUGUCGGAGGAGGAGCUCCGAAACGCCACAGUUUUGGUAUUCGCUAACAAACAGGAUCUUCCUAACGCCAUGGCAGUCGCCGAUCUGACUCAAGAGCUCGGCCUUCCCAACAUGCCCAACCGCAAAUGGUUUGUUCAGGCAUGCUGCGCCACGAACGGAACUGGGCUUUACGAAGGUUUGGACUGGCUCACAGAAAAUCUUGCGGAGUAAUCCAUUCCUAGAAUCUAGCGGCAAUAGCACUUCUGGGCAGAGAUAGGGUUGCUCUGUCUUCCUUUUCCUGGCGGGGUAGAGGAGAAUUUGUUGAAUGAACAAAAAGUAUCGUCGUCAUGCGCUGGAAUCUUCUAUUACAGAUGCAGUUCCAUCCGAGAGAAGUGGGCAUUGGGUGUACCCGACUCGGCCCAUUUCAGCUGUAUUUUGCUUUCUUUCCGUGUCCAUCGCAUGCCUUCGGUAGUUUUGAUCAAGUUAUUUUCAUUCGUGACAAGUCAAUAUACUUCUUUUGGUUCAGAUUAUUUCUGCACAGCUAGUAAAGAAAGUUCGUGGUUUCGACACGAGGCAUGCAACGUUUCUUAUCCGUGCGGUUGCGACUCGUUACAUCCCUCGGUUACGCCCUUUGCGUUCUGGUCACGUCUA